AACAAUUAAUUAAAUUAAUUCAUUUUCAAGAGAAGUAACGUGCUCACAUUUUUUUUGUUACAAGUAACAGUCCACGCAAGUUUCAACAGUACACAAGAUCGACAAAUUUCGCAAUAAAUGACACACUCGUAAUUAGCAAACUCACUACGUUAGAGUGAUGUUCAGUUUUGGGCAGUUGAUAAUAUAAUUGCGAAAUUAAACCGGAUCCGUAUACAAUACGGACUUUCUACCAAAUUCAUCUCACUCUGUCCCUGACCGUUUUUAUUCCCUCCCAAAAUCUGCUCAGUCUCAGAGAAGACGAUCGAAAUGUCAUAAUCAAUGAUCAAUAAAAAAAAAAAAAAAAUAACACACUCUUGAUUGAAACAUUCUUCAGCGAAAUGAUCAAAGAUAGGUCAGAGUUCUCGCUGUCGAUGGAAAUUUCUCAUGGCGAGCGAUCCCGCUUUCUUAUUUUUCGGAUCAGCUUAGAAAGAGAGGAAGAUCUGGAUCUGUUACGAGUAACGGGUACUGGCCGACCAUUUAAGUGAUCCUCCCGUAAGUAAGCGGAGCUACGUGUGUGUAAAUAAACGUUUGCGUGGAUUUUGAGAAGAAAUCGAAGUAAAAAAAGUUGUUCCUUCGUGAUAAAACUGUGCUAACGAGCGUUUCAACUGUAAAGUAUGUACAUCCUCACGCUGAUAAUCGCUGGUAUUUUAAUGCUACAAUCGUACGUUGCCACUGAAUCAAAUGAGCAGAGCGACAUAGCGGAUAAUCAAAAGACAGGGGCCAAGCUAGCAUUACCAACCAUUCCAUCGUCACAAAUGGAAACGUAUCAAGAUCGCAUCAAAUAUUACAAUUUUCAAAUCGAUGGUACUUAUAGACCGUUUCAAAACAGAAAAUGCCCGUUAUGCGAUACUUCUGUCUUCCCCUAUUGCGGAGAAAAAUUACUACACGACGCGUGUUGCUGCACUGAUCCAUACACUCACGACUUGCCCUAUCAAUGUAAAUUAGCGGAUUGUCGAUUUUUGCACGCGAACAGCUGCAGAGAACAUCGAUUGAUCGCGACCUGCUGCUGCAGUGACGAUUACCGAUCUUUAUUGAAGAGUUUCUCGAAUGUUUAACAGACGUUGUCUGCCAAGCAGAUUUCUCAUACUCUGUCUAUUUAUUCCAUUAUUGUAUAUUAUAACAUGAUAAAAAAAGAAAAAACAAUAUUGUUAACUGUGAAAAUAUAUUAAUUCAUUCAUCGUUAUAAUUAUAAUUAAAAAUUCA